ACUACAGGGUUGGAACUAGACCGUUAGAGCGUCUGGUCUGCUGGUACAUCCUCCUCAACCAAACGACUUUUAAUUUAGCGAGUGGUUGCAUCUUCUCGACUAGAUAAAAGAGCGCUUCGGUUCGGAUCAGAAACAGGAAUUGCCUUCAAAAUGAGCAUCAUUCAUCAAAUAAAGGCAGCAAGCAUGGUAGAGCAUCCUGAUUUCAGUGGUAGCAGUUGUUUCCUGUAUGAAAAAGACAAGAAAGAAAGUACUCUCAAAUCUGAGCCAGUGUUUCUCAAUUUCGAUGGAAGCAGUGGACUCCUGGAUGAAAAAGGCAAGAUAAACGGGCCUGUCAACAAGAUUCUCCAGCCAUUCAGACUCUCCCAGCAACAGCUUUGUCAAAUCUCUACCCGCCUACUCAAGGACAUGGAGAAGGGACUGAAGAAGCAGAACAACUCUGCUCCCACCCUCAAGAUGAUACACUCAUUUGUGAGGCACACAGCAGAUCACACAGAGAAUGGAGAUUUCCUGGUGCUGCAUGUAGGUAGAAAUGUACAGGUGAUGCUGGUGGAACUGUUGGAAGUUGGAAAGAUAGCUAAGGUGAAAGGGAAAAAAAUCUAUGACCUUCCUCGUGGCACAGUGAUGCAGUUCUUUGACCACCUAGCUGAAUGCCUGUACCGGUUCCUGGACUCCCAGGGUAUUAAAGACAUGAAGCUACCCUUGGGCUUCUCCUUGGCCUAUCCCGUUGAGAAGGGUGCAGUAAUUGAAUGCACAAAGGAACUCGAGAUCGCUGAAUUGGAGGAUAAGAAUAUAAUCUCAUUGCUGAAAGAAGCUAUCAGCAAAAGAGAAGAUUUCAACAUUGAUUAUGCAGUUGUGGUUAAUGAUGUCGUUGCAACUAUGAUGAGCUGUGCGUACCAUGAUCUCAGCUGUGAGAUUGGCUUCAUUAUAGAUGAUGGGACUAACGCAUGUUAUAUGGAGGAGCUGUGCAAUGUGGAGGGAGUCAAGGAGUCUGUGUGCAUAGACAUUGAGUGGGAUGCAUUUGGAGAUGAUGGUGUUCUUGAUAACUUCAGAACCGAUAUUGAUAAAGAGCUAGAUCAGAAGUCUUACAGACCAUUUAAAAGCACCUUUGAGAAGAUGAUCAGUGGGAUGUACAUGGGGGAGAUUGUCCGUCUCAUCCUGGUGAAACUGAUUAAUGAGAAGCUUCUAUUCCAAGGACAGAAAACCCCAGUCCUGCUCGAGAAGGACAGUUUCAAAACACAGGACAUUUUUGAAAUUGAGAAAGAUGCAGAGGGCUUGGAUAAAGCCAGUGAGAUUUUGAAGCGCCUGGGACUGCAGCCCAGCCGUGAGGACUGCGAGGUGGUCCAGCAAGUCUGCAUCGCUGUGUCGACUCGCUCCGCUCAUCUCUGUGCAGCCGGCCUUGCAACCAUCGCCACUCGCAUGCGCAACAACCGCAGCCUCCCCUCUUUUGACACCACCGUGGCAGUAGGCGGGACAGUCUACAAUAAACACCCCAAGUUCAGCCAACGGUUGCAAGAAGCUCUUAGAUUGCUGGCUCCAGAGUGUGAUGUCUCCUUUAUGCCCCGAGAGGACAGCAGUGGGAUAGGAGCUGCAAUCGUAGCAGGAAAGGAAUGGAAGAGAAUGCGUGGUCAGGUUUGAUUCAACCUUAAUGAAAUCAGAAUUUGCAAGCUGUAUUGAAUCACAGAAAUAAUGGAAAAAGCCUUCUUGAGUCUGUCCUGCAUAUCUUCUGCUGUGCCUCCAGUUGGAGUUAUAAUUGUCCCAGCUGGUGAAUUUGUCUACUCACUCAAUUUGAGUAUCAAGAAAUUAAAAAAAAAAUCAAACGUUUAAUUGUAUAAUACAUUGGAAUGAGUGAUUCAUUAACCAUGUACGGAGGUUAUUUGACACAGUUAAAAACACUGCAUGUGUGUGAUAAUGCUAUGUCCUGUUCCCUUGGCUGCACAAAUGCAUUAGGGUUUUUUUGGUUUUAAACUUUCAUUUUGGUUUUACGGAAAACCAAUUGGAUGUCAGAAAUAUCCCUACUUUAUAUGUAUUAGUAGAUUUCAUUUUAAUAAAGCUGUUAUGACUGA